CCACAGAAGCCGAGACGGAGCCGAGCCUUACCCCCAAUGUGAUGCUGAACACAGAGAGCAGCGAGGGAUAUGUGGUGAAAGUCAGGGGGUUGCCUUGGUCCUGCUCCACUGAGGAGGUGCAGCGGUUUUUCUCCGAUUGCAAAAUUCUAAAUGGGGCUUUAGGUAUCCGUUUCAUCUACACCAGGGAGGGCAGACCAAGUGGAGAAGCAUUUGCUGAACUUGAAUCGGAGGAGGAUGUGAAAUUGGCACUGAAAAAAGACAGAGAAACAAUGGGACACAGAUAUGUUGAAGUUUUCAAGUCAAACAACGUUGAAAUGGAUUGGGUUCUGAAGCAUACUGGUCCCAACAGCCCUGAUACGGCUAAUGAUGGUUUUGUACGUCUUAGAGGACUCCCAUUUGGCUGUAGUAAAGAAGAAAUUGUACAGUUUUUUUCAGGGUUGGAAAUCGUGCCAAAUGGGAUAACAUUGCCGGUGGACUUCCAGGGGAGGAGUACGGGGGAGGCCUUCGUGCAGUUUGCUUCACAGGAAAUAGCUGAAAAGGCUCUAAAGAAACACAAGGAAAGAAUAGGGCACAGGUACAUUGAGAUCUUCAAGAGUAGUCGAGCGGAAGUGCGCACUCACUACGACCCUCCACGCAAGCUAUUGGCAAUGCAGAGACCCGGUCCUUACGACAGACCUGGUCUUACACGGGGAUAUAACAGUCUUGGUAGAGGAAGUAGCUUGGAAAGAAUGAGGCGUGGAGCUUAUGGAGGAGGUUAUGGAGGUUAUGAUGACUACAAUGGGUAUAAUGAUGGCUAUGGUUUUGGUUCUGAUAGAUUUGGAAGAGGGAUGUCGGACCACAGAUAUGGCGACGGGGGAUCCACCUUCCAGAGCACGACUGGCCACUGCGUCCACAUGAGAGGUCUGCCUUACAGAGCUACGGAGAACGACAUCUAUAAUUUCUUCUCACCUCUGAACCCUGUAAGAGUACACAUCGAAAUUGGACCAGAUGGCAGAGUAACUGGAGAGGCAGAUGUUGAAUUUGCUACUCAUGAGGAUGCAGUGGCCGCUAUGUCCAAAGACAAAGCAAAUAUGCAACACAGAUAUGUAGAACUCUUCUUGAAUUCUACAGCAGGAGGAAGUGGUGGUGCCUAUGGCAGUCAAAUGAUGGGAGCAAUGGUCAAGGAAUCGGAAGGGGUAGUCCAAGAUUGGAACACUAGCACAUUGCCAGGAAGCCAAUCCAGUUACGGUGGUCCCGCUAACCAGCAGCUGAGUGGGGGUUAUGGAGGAGGAUAUGGUGGCCAAAGCAGCAUGAGUGGAUAUGGUAAGAGCAUUUCCUCACUGGUUUUAG